AUUCAAUCAAUCAACGACUAUCUGUCUAUCUCUCUCUUAACUAUGUGGCACCCGGAUCAACUUUAACAUUCCUAGCCGCGAAAUGAAGCCCCACACCUGCAGAGGACUGGACACUCCACCACCGCUACAGACAAGCUCUAGUCUCCGCCGCUCAUGUGCUCCAGCGGUCAACUCUCUUCGCCAUGUCGUUUCCCGGCGAAUACCCGCCGGGAAACGCUGCCACUUCAUACUCUCAGCCAGCGCGAACCAAAGUCCACGCGUCGCACACUCAAGACGGCACGUCUUACUCUCUCCUGUUCUGACCAUCGGCGCGUGGGUUCUGCGGUCGGCGCUGGCGAAUGCCGAGGACAAGACGACGGGUUCGGGGGCUCCGGAAAAAUCGCAUGCACCGCCGGCUCCGACGGGUGAGGAGAAGAAGGAGGAACCGAUAGUUUCGAGGAUUUACGACUCGACGGGGAUCGGAGAGCCGAUGGCGGUGGGGAAGGAUAAAAUUAAGGUCUGGGAGAAGCUGAUGAUCGCGAGGAUUGUGUACUUAGGAGAGGCCGAACACGUACCGAUCCGAGACGAUAAGGAAUUGGAGCUUGAGAUUGUGAGGAACUUGAGGAAACGGUGCGCAGAGAGUGAUAGAACCAUAUCUUUGGCUCUGGAGGCAUUUCCUUGUGAUAUGCAGGAGCAGCUCAAUCAGUAUAUGAAUAAAAGGAUAGAUGGAGAAACAUUGAAGUCUUAUGCAUCACAUUGGCCACCUCAACGAUGGCAGGAGUAUCAGCCUCUUCUAAGCUACUGUCAAGAUAAUGGAAUUCGUCUUGUUGCUUGUGGUACUCCACUCAAGGUUUUAAGAACUGUCCAAGCGGAAGGAAUUCGUGGGCUUUCGAAGGCCGAUCGUAGAGUAUAUGCUCCUCCAGCUGGUUCAGGCUUCAUUUCAGGCUUCACUUCCAUCUCACGCAGAUCACCAAUUGAUAUGAAUUCUCCUAGUCAAUCUGUUCCUUUUGGGCCAGGCUCAUACUUAUCUGCACAAGCAAGAGUGGUUGAGGAAUAUACCAUGUCCAAGAUCAUUUUACAAAACAUGGUGGAUGAAGGAGCGACUGGUAUGCUAGUAGUUGUAACAGGUGCAAGCCAUGUCAUGUAUGGAUCUAGGGGGACUGGGCUGCCAGCAAGAAUUUCAAAAAAGAUGCAGAAGAAAAACCAAGUGGUUAUAUUACUUGAUCCUGAAAGGCAACAAAUAAGGAGAGAGGGAGAAGUUCCUGUUGCUGAUUUCUUGUGGUAUUCUGCUGCUAGACCCUGCAGUAGAAAUUGUUUUGAUCGUGCUGAAAUUGCUCGAGUAAUGAAUGCAGCUGGCAGGAGGCGAGAUGCCCUUCCCCAGGACCUUCAAAAAGGACUUGAUCUUGGUUUAGUAUCACCUGAAGUACUACAGAACUUCUUUGAUUUGGAGCAAUAUCCUCUUAUUUCAGAACUGACUCACCGUUUCCAGGGUUUCAGGGAAAGAUUGUUGGCAGAUCCCAAAUUCUUGCAUAGAUUAGCUAUAGAAGAAGCUAUAUCUAUAACAACUACUCUCCUAGCACAGUACGAGAGGCGUAAAGAAAAUUUCUUUGAAGAGCUUGACUAUGUGAUUACGGAUACUGUCAGAGGAUCAGUUGUUGAUUUCUUCACAGUUUGGCUUCCUGCCCCAACUCUGUCGUUUCUUUCAUAUACGAAUGAGGUAAAUGUGCCUGACAGCAUGGAUGCUUUCCAAGGUCUCCUUGGUUCCAUCCCUGAUAAUGCUUUUCAAAAAACUCCUGCUGGGAAGGACUGGAAUCUCAGUCACAGAGUUGCAUCGGUGCUUUUUGGUGGUGUGAAACUGGCUGGUGUUGGAUUUAUUUCCAGCAUUGGAGCUGUUGGUGCCUCAAAUGUUUUAUAUGCAAUUCGGAGAUUUCUCAAUCCCGCACUUGUUGCUUAUCAACAUAAUAAAAGAUCACCAAUGCUCAAAACGGCAGUUGUCUAUGGAUGUUUUCUUGGAGCAUCGGCAAAUCUUCGUUAUCAGAUUAUUGCUGGAAUAGUGGAGCAUCGGAUUUCUGAUCAAUUUUCUUCUCAGAUAUUAUUUGUAAAUAUGCUAUCUUUUCUUGUUCGGACGGUCAACUCUUAUUGGGGAACUCAGCAAUGGGUUGAUCUUGCACGGUUUACUGGACUGCAAAGGAGUGGGCCACCCUCUUAUGAAAUACCAGAUUCUCCUAACCAUGCUGCAUUGGGACGCAUCAACACAGAGGAUGCCACUGUUGAUAAAAUCAAGCAUCAAUGAGGUGAAAAUCUGACUUCACAAUUUAUUACCAAUUUGUAUUUCAUUCUUUAAAAGCUGCUGAGGAGAGACCUGGAAGAGAUAGAUUAUAGUCUUUAUACUUUAUCCAUCUCUUCCAUGACCUAAUUGUAAAUUGUUCAACAUAGUUGUUUCAGUUUUGAUGAAUAUAAGGGCAGGAGAGUUUCAUGUGA